CCCAUCGCGCCUGCGCUGACGAUGGACUCUGGCUCUUCGUUCCCCGACGCCCAGCCGUCCCGGCCGGGGUGAAAAAUUGCGUGACACGCAGCGAGCGUGGCGGCCAUCUUCGUCUUCUGGAUAUACAAGAAGUAAUUUACAGCAUCAUUCAGUAGAGGCAACAUCAUCAAUCAACUUCAAAAGGUGAUAUAUGAUUUUCAUUUCCUAAAGGUGCUGUAUAAUGUGUUAACAGGUUAUAAGGAAUGGUUUUAUCAGAUUUUCAUGAGUUAUGGUGGCUGAAACAUCAGUUCUAUCUUGUGGGAAAAGAACUAAAUGGCAGCACAAAAGGAAAUCUAUAUUAAUAGGGUACUUUGUUAAACAAAGGAGGUUAAAUAAGAGCCACAGACCAACAUACUCAGCAAACAAGGAAAGAAACGUGUUAGCCAUAAGACAUGUUUCAAAUGAAUCAAAGUCUAGUAACUGUAGACUUCAGAAGAAAAAAGUUUUCAAAAAUUUUGUCAAAACAGACAGGCCAGUGAUAAAUAACUCCUCCAGAAAUAGGGCUAGGCCUGAAACUAAAAUUAAUUGAAAAAUUAACAAAAUAGAUUGAAUGUGAAUUAAGUUUCUUUUCAUAAAGUUUCUAAAAAUAUCAAAUUAGAAUUAAAUUUUCUUCCGAUUUCUAAUCUUGUUCAAUGUAAAGCAAACAUGCCAGCUUUUCUUAUGUCCUAGAAAUGACACACAGAAACCUUACUUGAAACAAACUAGUAUUUUUGUGGAAAAUGUGUAUCAGCAUAAGUUAAAGUUGAUUUUCAUGACCUACUCCUCAGUAGUUAUACUAGAUACUCAGCGUUUGUACCUACCAGAACACAAACAGUCCUCUUAACUAUUCAGAAAAGGAAGACAUUACUCAGGAAUAAUGUCCAUUCAGGAGAAAUCAAAAGAAAAUUCCUCCAAAGGUAUUAAAGAAAGUGAAGAUAAGAAUUUAGAAGUAGAAAGUCAAGAUUCUCAAAACAGUAUAGUAAAAAAAUCAGGUCCAAAGAAAGCUGUAAAGUCACUGGUUAAAAUAAAUCAACCUGAAUCAGGAACACGCAUGAGUACAAGGUCAGCAAAGGUAACCUCCAGUGACAAAAAAGCUACUAAAUCCAUUAAUAAAAAUAUGGUAACUGUGAAGGGACAUUCACAAGAGUCCACCAAAAGGAAAUUAUGUCAAAAAAAAUUAGUGCAUGAAACUUCUAAAGCAAAUGAGCAGCUUAACCGGAGAUCACAAAGACUACAACAGUUAAAAGAGUGUUCCACAAGGUCUUUGCGCAGUAGAGAGAUUCAGAGUCAAGAUCAAGCAGUUAAACAGAGUUUGCCACAAACAAGAAGAGAACACUGUAGCAGCAGUACUCAAAAUAAGUCUAAUAAAGUUAAAAUAAGUCAAAAGCAGGUGAAAAGAAAAAUAUUGGAAAUAAAAUCUGAUUGUAAAGAGGAUGGAAAUUUAGUAACUAAUGAAGUAAUAAAGUCCCCUAAAGGAAAAAAACGCAAAGUAGAACCUCAGACAGCUUAUACUUGUAGUUCUCGAUGUGUUCAAGGAUCUGAAAAGUGUCUUCAAAAAACUACUACUAGAAAAGAAGAAACAAAACUGGUGCCUGUAACUUCUGAAAUAAAAAGAUCAAAAGUGGCUACUUCAGUGGUCUCUAAAAAAAAUGAGCUGAAGAAUUCAGUUCAUACACAAGUGAAUACUAGCACAAAAUCCCAAAAAAGUCCACAGCCAUUAGUGCCUGAACAAAGUGUAGAUAAUGAGUUGGAACAAGCAGGAAAGAGCAAGCGUGGUAGCAUUCUCCAGCUCUGUGAGGAAAUUGCUGGUGAAAUUGAGUCAGAUACUGUAGAGGUAAAAAAGGAAUCACAAGUGGAAAGUGUGAAGGAAGAGAAGCUUACUGAAAUAAAAUUGGAAGAGACUGAUGUUGAAAAACAAAUGCUUCAUCAGAAGGGAACAAAUCAGGAUGUACAAUGUAACCGAUUCUUCCCCAGUAGAAAAACAAAGCCUGUGAAGUGUAUACUGAAUGGAAUAAACAGCUCAACUAAGAAGAACUCCAACUGGACUAAAAUUAAACUCUCAAAAUUUAACUCUGUGCAGCAAAAUAAGUUGGACUCUCAAGUUUCCCCUAAAUUGGGGUUAUUACGAACUAGUUUUUCAUCACCAGUUUUAGAAAUGCAUCAUCCAGUGACUCAAAGUACGUUUUUAGACACAAAAUCACUUGAUAAAAAUAUGACUUGCCAACAGGAAAAAAUGAAAGAAAUUAAACCUGAAGAAGUUAAAAUUAAUGAUAUUACAGUUGAAACUAGUAAAAUUUCAAAAAGGGCUCCUGAAAAUUGCCAUUUGGAUAAUCAGAUAAAACCUUCUUCUGACCCACCAUUGGAUAAUCAGAUGAAACAUUCCUUUGAAUCAACAGCAGAUAAGAAUUUCAGCCUGUGUUUGGAAUCCAAGCAGGAAAAUAGUCCAGCAGAAAACACUGCUCUUUCAACUCUGCCCAGUCAAGCAAAAAUUGAUGCAGAAGAGAGUAAAUUUCCAGGUUCAGCUCCCAAACAGCAUAGUACACUCAGUAACCAAACAUCUAAGAACAGUGAUAACAGGGAGAUACCACCAAAUCAUUCUUGGCCUAAGUGUAAUUCACAUUUGGAGAUAACAAUUCCAAAGGACUUGAAACUAAAAGAAGCAGAGAAAGCUGAUGAAAAACAGUUGGUCAUAGAUGCAGGACAGAAAAGAUUUGGAGCAGUGUCCUGUAAUGUUUGUGGAAUGCUUUACACAGCUUCAAAUCCAGAAGAUGAAACCCAGCACCUACUUUUCCAUAACCAGUUUAUAAGUGCCGUAAAAUAUGUGGGAUGGAAAAAAGAAAGAAUUCUGGCUGAAUACCCUGAUGGUAGGAUAAUAAUGGUUCUUCCUGAAGACCCAAAGUAUGCCCUGAAAAAGGUCGACGAGAUUAGAGAGAUGGUUGAUAAUGAUUUAGGUUUCCAACAGGCUCCGUUAAUGUGCUAUUCCAGAACUAAAACACUUCUCUUUAUUUCUAAUGACAAAAAAGUAGUUGGUUGCCUAAUUGCAGAACAUAUUCAGUGGGGCUACAGAGUUAUAGAAGAGAAACUUCCGGUUAUCAGGUCAGAAGAAGAAAAAGUCAGAUUUGAAAGGCAAAAAGCCUGGUGCUGCUCAACCUCGCCAGAGCCUGCAAUAUGUGGGAUCAGUCGGAUAUGGGUGUUCAGCAUGAUGCGUCGGAAGAAAAUAGCUUCUCGCAUGAUUGAAUGCCUAAGGAGUAACUUUAUAUAUGGCUCAUAUUUGAGUAAAGAAGAAAUUGCUUUCUCAGAUCCUACUCCUGAUGGAAAACUGUUUGCAACACAGUACUGUGGCACUGGUCAGUUUCUGGUAUAUAAUUUUAUUAAUGGACAAAGUAGCACCUAACACAAAUCUUGCCUACAGUACCAGAAGACAUCUAUUGAAGAGAAUGAAUUGGUUACUGACUUUAACCAGGAACUAGGGCCAUUUUUAUUACAAUGAACUCAGGACUGGCAAUAACCACAUGGUGGUUGUUCCAUUUUCAUAAAAUUGGAAACAAUGCAGUAAUAGCUUAUUAUUGUUUUGUUUUUUAAAGAAGAUAUUUUAUUAUCUUUUACAGAAAUUUAUGAUUGAUGUAUUUUAUCUAUAGUUAUUUAGACAUGUUUACAUGCAGCAGAUAUUGUUCAUAGUGGACUGAAAACUAAUGCAAGGACUAUGGUCUCAGUGAUAAGUAUAUUUUGAAGUUCUUAAUAUGGAAAUAUACCAGUGUAGCUUGGUACUGUAUUUUUUAUAUUGAUCUGCUGAUACCAGUUAUAGGUUUAAAGAUGGUGUUUUCACAGAAUGAAAACCAGUGUUUUGAGUUACUACUCAAGGAGGGAAGGGUAGUAUGUGUUUCAGCAUUUGAAACUAGUUCUUAAAAGGCCUGAGAUACACUUUAAAGAAACCCCUGCAGAAAAGGAAAGUUCAAACAUGUGGAAAGAAUUUGGAAUAGGGCAUUUUCUUCCAUUUUUCUUUCCUAUCCUUGAUGGUAGGAAGGAGUGGAAAAGGGGUAAAGAAUUGAGGCUUUCCUUCUUCUAGAGCUAUAAAUGACUAGAAUUAUGAAGGAUACCUUCUAAGUUUAUUAUUUCAUUCUGAUUUCACUUUUUAAAAAAUGCCAAGUGGGCCCAGCUGGGCUGUUAAAAAUCUCAAAGAGGCUAUGCGAGAACUCUGGAACAGUGGCAAGCUAGACAUGGAUGGCUUGGUAUCUGCUUUGUUAUUCCUCAGAAAUACUGCACUGAGUAUAUCCCCUCAUUACUGGACUUCAUUCUCAUACUUGUCUAUCCUUCAUAGUGCCCUCUACUUUUAAAGGGUUUAUAUGUUGAAAAACUGCUGUGGCCUUUUAUGACCUGUAUAUAAUGUAGAAUAAAAUAAUAAAAUACUUGAUAGCUUUUUCUAAGUGAUAAAUGUACUAAGAUAAUGUGUUGUCAUUUGUCUUUUUCAGGAAGUUUCAUAAGUUUGAGAUCUUGAAAUACAAUUAAAACACUGACUUCCUAAAUAGGUAGUUUUUCACUAAUUUGCCAAAGGAUCUUAUGCCAGCAUCAACUCAGCCGAACUUUAUCUCCAAAAGGCAAAAUUCUUCCCAAUAUUUAGUAACAUGGUACUUUAAUGAUCUUUCAAAGAAAUAAAGGGCCACACCAAGAUAAAGUACCACUAUGGUUCCACUUGGAUUAUCUUUAUGAGCUGAAACAACUCUAUUAAAAACUGGCUGAAAUUUAGCUCCUUAAUAAAAUCAAUAGUCAGGUGUACAUUUUAUCCCCCAUAGGGGGAUAAAAUACCAUACCAUAGUAUGGUGUAAGACUUUGUACUCUGCAUGGGUAGAAUGGUAAGGGGGGUUAAAUAAUUUCACUGUAAUUCAUCAUGGUGGCCUGGCUUUUGAUACUACCUUUUCCCUUUGGGGUUGAGACUUUUCUAGUUAUCCUUAGUCUUAUUAUUUGCGUGGCAGAUACCAUGACUGUUUAAAACCAGAAUGAAAUUUUGAGGUACAGUGUAAACUUUAUAGUAACUGCUAACCUUCAUAAUACAGGUCCCAUUUCAAUGUGAGCCAUGUCAAGUAUGCUGUUUUAUCAGGGCACACUUGGUAGUUUAAGGCGCCCCAGAGGAAGAGGGGGAUAUAUAUUGAUUGGUUACUUUAAAUCUUACUGUUACUGGGAAAACACAUUACUUUCAAGUUAAUAAUGAAAACAUAGCCCCUUAAAUAAAAUUUACAAUCUAGAUACUUCUCUAAGAGUAGUAGUAUUUGUAGUACCUAACAUUUGAGUCUUUGCCUGUAUUUAGUGCUACAUUAUUUUAAACAUCAUGACAACCCCAUGAAGUAGGGUUUAUAAGAGAGGGACCUGGCAUUUGAAAGAUAAUUAAGAGACUUCUGUAGCAAUCUGUUGAAAAUGUUGAAACACUGAAUUAAAGCUGUGAUGUGGGGAUGAAGAUGAGGAGAUAGAUAUACACUGGAAAGAAAAAAAAAAAAAAAC